UAAAACAUCUCCCAAUGCUUAGUUUGCAGACCCGCAAACGUCAUCUGAGCUUCACAGAAGAUCUGGAUGAGGAUGAAUUGCUUAACACAAAUGCCUCUGAUGCGGCGGACCGGGCGAGACUGCAGCGGGAGACCAAGUUGUUUAAGCGUAGCCUGAAGCGAGAGAAGUUGCUCUACCAGUGGGGAAUCAAGUGCGUUAUGCUGCAUAAAGAUAAGACCGACAAUGCUGAGCACAGCACCUGUGUCGACUAUGGCUAUAAGCACAUAACAGCAGAUGAUCGGGAACAGGAUCAAGAGCGAGAACAGGUGGUGGAGCAACAGCCACAUUUAAAGCAACAACUACAGCAGGAAGCAAAGCUUCUAUUUCAAAUGCUUGAUCAGCGUGAUCAAGCUAAGGACGAUCCAGUCAAGCCGCGAGAAGUUUACUCAGAUGAGUCGAAUGCCAGCUCAGAUGACGAGGGCUACAUGGAUGCCAGCCACGCGAGCAGUGAGCCAGAGACGUUUGUCAGUUCCCUGGCGGAGCUGAGCAAGGCGCUGCUCACGCGCAACCAGCUGGAGAGCUUGCUCGACAAGCCCAGCUUCGAGCAGACGCUGAUUGGAUGCUUUGUUCGGAUCAGCCUUUCCGGCAUACCCACCAACCAGCCGACAGUCUAUCGGCUCUCUCGCAUCGUGGCCGUCGAGCACACCGACCAGGAGUACGUGUUGGGCAAUCAUCGCACAAAGGUCAAGCUACAGCUGAAGCACGGCCGACAUCUGCGCAGCUUCCAAAUGGAUGGCAUCUCCAAUCAGCCGGUGCUGGACAACGAGUUCCUCUUGUGGCUGGAUGCCUGCCAGCGCGCUGCCCAGCCCCUGCCCAGCGUCAAUAGCAUUAACAGGAAGGAGAAGGACAUUGAGAGGGCAUUGAACUACUGCUUCACCGAGGCGGAUGCCGAGCUGAUGGUGCAGACCAAGCGGCGAGUUGGCCAGCAGCUCGUCGGCGCCGCCUACCGCAAGGUGUGCCUCAUCAUGGAGGAGGUCAAUAAGCUCGAGAAGCUAAUCAAACAGAUAGACGAGCAGUCACCUAUCGAGCAUCAGCGCGACAAACGAAGGCAGUACAUGAGCCUGGCGGCCCCAGUUCCAGUGAGAAUAUCCAGCCUGGAGCCCGUCUCUAGAACCAAGCCAACCACGAAAUUCGACUGUCAGCAGUACAUAAGGUGCAGGUACAAGAGAUUCGCCCACCUCAACAAACUGCAGUUGAUGCAACAGAUGCGAAAGCCAAUCGAGGACGCGACUUCGGCCGCAGCUCCAAGCACUGACCUGGAACAGCUGAACGUGAUUACAGAGAAUAUAAGUAAAGAGAAAUUGGAUAUGUAUGAGUUGCACAAUUUCGAGGUCAACUUGGAUGUGAGCAGCCUGAUGCCAUUCAGUGAUAUAUGCGCAGAGAUCGAAGGCGUGGCAUCAGAGCCGAUUGUCCUAUGGACAAAAACCAGAACCUGUACUAGAAAUUAACACAGGCAACCCAGCCCUGGGCACCCUCUGGGCAAUCACCAAAAAUUGGAAAAUUUCAAAACACUCUACGUUUCUAAUUGCCCAGCCGCCCAGUCUGAGGACCUGCCAGCCAAUCURCCAGACAACCAACCAACGAACCAAGCAGGACAUCGAUUGCCAAAAAUAUGAAUACAGGCUCUAACUCUGUCCGCUGUUGCCUGUUGCCUGUUGCCACCGCGACAUGUCAACACUGUGUGUAGCCAAAGGGGAGGCGGGAGCUCCAUCUGGUUUGGGGCCUCCAAUUCCAAUCAACCACAGCGGACACAUCAACAAUUCGUGCGCCGCCAAAAGCUUGUUCUAAUCCAAUCAAAUCUCAAAUGCGGUUGUUACCCAAUUCGUUUGGGGAGCGCACUACAACAUAGCCGCACAGUGGCACAAAAUUCGA